UCCACAUUCACUCCCCAGGACCUGCCCCCGUUUCUGUUCCAGCUUUUGCGCAAUGUGCCCGCAUGAAACGUGCAGCCAACAACUCUGUGUUAGAGAGGUGUCCCGGUCCUCUCCCCAGACGGUGCUCGGUGCUGGAGCUGGGGCACGGCCAGUCCCGCUUCUGGGGACAGCGGUGGAGUGUAUGGAGGGGCUCCUGCCCUGGUGCCCUGCAGCAGCUGGGGAACGCCUGUGGCUGACAGAGCAGGGAUGUCUGAGACCUCGUCCAGCAAGGAGGGUCUCCCAGCCGAGUGCCCUGUGUGUUACGAGAAGUUUCACCCGCUGGAGGCCAUGCGCCGCCAGCUCAGCUGUGGGCACAUCUUCUGCCACGACUGCCUGGUGAAGUGUUUGCUCUCUGCCAAGCUUGAUGGCCAGGUCCAGAGCAGCAUCAUCUGCCCCAUCUGCCGCUAUGUGACUUUCCUCAGCAAGAAGAAGGCUCUAUGGCCACCCAAGGCACGUACCAACUCCUGGACACUGGAGAUGCCUCUGUCGCCUUCUUCCUUGUCCCAUCUGACCAAAAUGGAGGCCAACAACACCUUGGUGGUGCCCAGCCAUUUUGUGAUGCCGGUGCAGAGCUUUGACCGGCGCUUCAGCACAGGGAGCAGCCCUAUGGACUCACGGGUGGUCCCAGGAAAGCUGGCGCGGGAAGUCCACAUCUUCGUCAUCAGUGACCAUGGGAUGCCACUGGUGAACGCAGAAUGCGGCUCCCUGGGGAGGAGAAGCAGAGAAGAAACCCAGAGCUCAGUGUCAUCUAGCUCAGCCCUGGGGGUGAAAUGCUGCCAGUCACCCAUCGCCCUCGCCGUCCUCCUCAUCUUGACUGUGGCCAUGCUGGCGGCUGUGCUCCCUUGGCUGCUGCUGGUGAAGAGGGACUCAUAGAGGGGUGGGAUCAGCUCAGAUACUGCAGAGGUGUCACUGAUGCUGGGACCUCUCUCAAAAUAACCCAUGAGAAAGUCCAGAAGCAGCUCCAGGUGAAGUUCUCUCUCUGGCCAGGGACUGAAUGGACUUUCAGACCUUUCUACAGAUCUCCAGGCUCUCACUGUGUCACUGCUGGCAUUUUCUUCCUCUUUUGGUUAAAAUAUGUCAGGUCAAACCCUGCUAGUGGGUUCCUCCAGUGUCAGUGUCUUAGCAGAGAGGGUGGUUGCUCCUCCGACACCCCCUGACAACGUGUGCAGGAAGUGGUGGGGCUGUGCUGGUCCCUUCCCUCCAUCCCAGAUCCUGGGGGACUGUCAUGGCACCCAGGAACCCAGAGCCCAGGGACAGCCAAGUGCUCUGUGGAUCAGAGGGUCACACUGCCAGGCUGUGUGGCUUUUGGAGGUCCCCAGGCUCCUGGCUGACCAUCGAGCAGCCACCCUGGAGCAGAAACUCAUGGCUUUUCAUCCCAAAGAUGUGAGCCUUUAACUACUGGGCAGUGAAACCAGAGGAUGGACAGAGCGAUCCUGGCCUCUGCGAGCUCACCUUCCCCUCUGUCAGCCAACGCUCCCCUCCCUGCGGAUUGAUGGGGUGGGAGGGGAUGCCAGCUCAUUCCCCAGGCAGUCUCAGCCUUGACCUCACUUCUCUGAGCUCCCCAGGGUUGGAGACAACCUCCCGGGGUCACACGUGUCCCUCCUGCCCAGAGGAUCCAGGGAUGGACAGCGGGGUGUGGGACAGGGAGCUAAACCAAAGGUCUGUGCUGAUGAGGGGCACAGAUUUGGGACCUCACCCUGCUCCCCUCACCAGAGCCCUGUGCCCCAGUAGAGUGAUGUUGUCCUUGUAUCCAGCUCCUGAGGGUUAACACCCAGUGGCUCAUUUUCACCCAUAACAAGCAAGUGAGGCACUGCUCAGCCCUGCUUGCCUCCCAGCUUUGUGCUGUUUGGGACCAGCCCCACCCAGGGGAGGCCCAGCCCCUCAUCCCCAGGGCCCUGGUUUGGGAGGAGGUGGGGCAUCUGAGCGGCACCAUUGAGAUUUGGGACCCUCUGUGCCUGCUCUCAGGGAAGGCGGGAGCAGGGGCUGCCAGUCACCCCCGUGCCAGACCUGGUGCUGGUGUCCCCAUCAUGUUUUUCCACAGCUGUGCACCCCAAAGCAGGUUCUGCACCCUCACCACCACCUUUGUCCUCCUGACCCCAUCCCUGGCCCUGUGGGUGCUGUUCUCAGCCUCAUCAUUCGGGAACGUGCCCUGAGGGCUGUGGUGCUUUCACAGGCACCCCAAUGUGUUCAGGACCAGGACGUUCUGUCUCUCACCAUGGGAGGUGACAGCAGGUGGAGGGCUGGCACAUAAUUCCUGUGCCCCUGGAGGGAGGUUACCACUGAGUGGCUGAGCAUUGGGUAGGACAAACAUGGCCAACAGUGUCACCAAGCCAUCUCUGGGGUCAGCCAGAAUGUUUCAGGACCAAUAAGAACUGCUUGGGGCUGGAAAGGGAUGAGCAAUCUGGGGAAGAGGAGCUGAUGGCAUCCCACCCCUUCCUCUGGGGUUACAACCAGGGUGAGAAGCUGACUGCCUGGCUUCUCCCUGCAAUGCUGUUACUGCACUCCUCCACCCCAUGCCUCAGUUUCCCCACCCACACCCAGGGUGCAAUGACACUGACCCCUGUGUGAUGCACUGGGAGAGUGCCUGGGGAAAAGUGCUUGAGACACCACACUGGAAUGGAAAUCCUAUUUCGUAAGAAAUUAUUACCUGAUAAUGAUGCAGCUGUGCCUCAUUAUUUAAUAAUAAACCUUACUAUUAGUCUGCCUGUUGAAUUAAUGCAGGGUGCCAGGGAACCAGCCUCUUGGAAGAGGGCUGCUGGGGGUGGGAGUGGAGCCCUCCCCAUCUGCACCCCGGGAUCUCCCUUAGUGUAGUGCUGGAGGAACCUGCACUCAGCUGCUGUUCCCAGAGCCUUGGAGAUAUUUGGGCAAGGCAACUGGGACACAAAGGAGCUUCAGUGGCAGCACUGGGAUGUCUUGUGCUGUGUCGGGGUCACGGGCUCCAGCAGGACCAGUGGAGAAGGCACCAAGGCUGGGGGUGCGAUCAGCAGAGGCAGCCAGUGCCAUGGACCUGGAGGUCUGUGGUUGGGGGUCCGGGGGCAUGACCCGCUUCAGCGGUGAGGAGGGCAUUUGCCACAGGGUGGCACUGCUUGGCAAGGGAUGUCUGCCAGGGUGGCAGGACAAGCCUUGGGGAAUGGCUCGCUGAGCCCCAAGCCCCUUUGGUGGGUGAGGGUCCGGACUCAGGGUUGCAAUAGGACGCGGGGUGAUGGUUUUAAACUAAAGGAAUUCCUGCCCUCCUGAAAGAGAGCUGUCCUGCACUCCAGUAGCCCCUAGAGGAACACCAGUCCACACCAUGAGCACAAGGGUUUAAUUCUCUCUUUCUAGGAGAGGGCACCAGAACCAUCCCAGGUUUGAGCCAUUUCUCCCAGGUACUCAGAGAUGAGUAUUCACUAGGUAGAGCACUGGUUUGAGCUAGAAGAAUAGUUGGGGGAUGAGUACAUGUGGAUGAAUAGGUGGAUGGACAGGUGGAGUGUCAGGUCAGUAUGAGGACAGGUAUUAGAUGGAGGUAUGUCUGUGGGAGGAUAAAAGGCUGUGGGGAUGAAUGGACUUCCACAGCUCUCCAUGUGGGAAAGGCAGUAGAUAAAGUGGGCAUGGGGGUGAUACACAGGACUAAGCAAGGUGACCUAAGACUUGCCAUGAUACUGUGGCCCUCAUGAACCCCCUUUUUGGUUAUGAGGUACCCUGAGCUGUACCUACACCAGGGUUGUGUUUCCAGCCCUGCCCUGCUAGUGUGGGAUGGAAAUGUGGACAGGGGUUGGUGAAAGUGCCAGGAAACCCUGGCCAGGGCAGCAAAGGGACAAAGCCAGGACAGCUGAGAGGUUGGCAGGAGUUCCUGCUGCAGCAUUUACACAUCCUCUUCCACAACAUCCAACCACUAACUUUGCCAUUCCUGAGUCAUCUUCCAUCACUGCCUCCACCCAUCACCCCUGUCAUUGUUUGACUCUGCAGGUGGAGAUGUCCUGCAGACAGACAUCAUGCUAACCGGUCUGCAGCACCUGAGGUGCCAGCUGAUGUGGCCCCAAGUGUCCUCUGUCAUCUCCUUCCAUUCCUCUGCCUAAAAGACAUGGGGUGGGAGGGCUGCAGGUCAUGCUAUGCUCCAGCUAGGCCUGUUUUCUCACUGGUACCUCUUCCCCUCCCUGUGCAAGCUGAUCUCAGGUGGCCUGGCAUUGCUCCAUCAGCCUGCAGUGCAGGCAAGACCCCAGGCACAUCCCAGUGUGUGUGAUCUCCGCAGCUGGAGAUCCACUGCCCUUCCCACACUAACAGCUCAGGAUCUCUGCAUGAUGGCAGCAGGGCUAUGAACCCUGGGUAAUGUUUGCAUAAUGCAUCAUUAGCAGGAAAAGGUGGCAUUUUUAUGGCAUAGAGAUGGGAGAAGUGGGAAUUACACAGAGUCCAGGAGUGCUUACUGGCCAGACACGUCAUCAGGCUCCAUUAGGAACCAGCCUCUGAAAGCCCCAGCUCCAUCAGCUGAGAUCUCACCAUGAAUAAUUGAGGAGGAGGCUCCUCCAAGCUCCCUCCCCUGCAUCCCGUCAUGGCUCCUAGAGAGCCACAGUGAGUCAGAGCCUGGAGCGGGGAUGGCCCGGCUUGUCCAAUGUGACCGGUGUGGGACAUGGACAAGAGGUAACACCGACUCAGCUGGCUGUCCCUGUGCCUGGGUAUCUCCAGACAAGAUCCUUUUUGCUCCUUCUCCAGCACAAGACAGACACCUUUUUACACUGCCCACCUGUGCCAGCACAUGGGGCAUGAUCCUGGACUGGACUGUUCCUCUUGGGCUUUGCAGAAGAGUGGGGUUUUCUGAGCCUACAAUGGGACUGGAAAUUUGGCAGCACAUGAGUGUCCUCACUGCGAGAUGAAUGCCCACAGUGGGGGUAGUUCACUGGGAUGAGAUCCCCAAGCCCUCAGUUGGAGGGUGGUGGGGACAGGAGCUGGGCUGGAGCCAGUUCUUGGUUGAGGGUCUGAUUUGUUCUCCUGUGAUGACUGUUGGCAGCAUGGACAGCAGAGCUGUGGUGCAGCUCUGCGCCCCUCUGCAUUGCCUGGCAGCAGCACCCUGGGACACAUCCUGCUCAGCUGGCUGUGGAGGUUUUACACUUUGCUUUGUAUGAUCCCUCUUGUCAAAAACUCAGCAACCUACCAUGAAAAAACCCCCCCGUGGAAUAUCAUCAAAGGUCUGCGAUUUCUUUUCAGCAGCUUGCUGGCAAAGAUCUGCAAAUGUAUUUGCCUUAAAUGAUGUCCCAUUUUGCAACAGCAAACUGAGCUGGGAAUAAACAUUUUCCUUGU